CUUUCCAAAGAAACACUUGCUGCCACCUCGGAUUCGCCUCCCCUUUUCUUUCGUGGCCUCCCCUCGAGCCCAAUCUGUUUUCCCGUCGUUUUCUCGCGCCAUUUUCCGGCAAAAUCUGCCGGGAAUGAGGGUGGAGAAAUUUCUGUUGGGGGGUGUUCGGUUGCUGUGAAUUUUUUUUCCUUUUGUUCUUCUUUUCGUUGUUUUUUUCCCCCCGGAAAGAUUUGAUUUUUUUUUUUCCUUUCCUUUCCUUCCCUUUCGCUUUCGUUUUUCUUCCUUUUUUCGUUCCUGUGUGCGUGUGUGGGAUUGUUUGGAAAUGGGUGCGUGCUGCAGCACGGACCGCGAUGAGGGUCGGGACUGGGUCGAGAUGGUGAAUGAUGAUCGAGAUGAUGAGUUUGAGGGCGAUGACGGAGGAGGAGGAGGAGGUGGUGUGAGCGAAGGAGAUCUUGGGGCGCGGGUGAGGCUGAGAGGCUCGAAUGAUUCCUGUUGCAUGUUCACCAAGCAAGGAAGGAAAGGCAUCAAUCAAGACGCCAUGGCCGUCUGGGAGGACUUCAAUGGCCAGAAAGAUGCAUUCUUUUGCGGGGUGUUCGAUGGCCAUGGUCCGGUGGGUCAUAGAGUUGCACACCACGUGCGUGACAAUUUGCCGAUGAAGCUCUCUUCAGUGAUCCAAUCCUUGCAGAACAAGGAAAGCUCUCGUAGGGACCUUGAUCUGGUGGAUAAGGAUGAUGAGGGCCAAGAAAUUGGAGAGAAAGAAAGAAGCGACAAUGCGAGAGAGAGUUGUGAGGAGGAUUUUGGUCCUGACAUGCUUCUCUCUACAUGGGAGGCUAGUUUCAUCAAAUCUUUCAAAGAAAUCGAUGAAGAGCUUAGCCUCGACUCCUCCAUCGACAGCUUCUGCAGCGGCACGACUGCAGUAACCAUGGUUAAGCAGGGAGAUCAUCUUAUUAUUGCCAAUUUGGGAGAUUCCCGAGCAGUUCUGUGCACAAGAGGCCAGAAAAAUCAGCCCGUUCCCAUCCAACUCACGGUCGAUCUGAAACCGAACAUCAAAAGUGAAGCAGACAGGAUCAAGAAAUGCAAAGGCAGAGUCUUUGCCAUGGAUGAAGAGCCAGAAGUGUUCAGAGUAUGGUUGCCUGACGAGAAUUGCCCCGGUCUUGCCAUGGCUCGGGCUUUUGGAGAUUUCUGCUUGAAAGAUUAUGGCCUGAUAUCCACCCCUGAAGUGUCCUAUAGAAAGCUUACACAAGAUGAUGAAUUCGUGGUUCUAGCCACCGAUGGGGUGUGGGAUGUAUUAAGCAAUGUAGAGGUCGUGAGGAUUGUUGCAUCCGCAAAGAAGAGAUCCGUGGCUGCUAAAUUAUUGGUUGCUCACGCUGUUACAGCAUGGAAGACCAAGUAUCCAGGAUGUAAGAUCGAUGACUGUGCGGUCAUAUGCUUGUUCUUCAAGAAUGAUCAACCUCCAAGCCAAUCCAUAGCCAGUGCUCCAGGCGGCAACCCGGGCCAGCAGGAGAAUGGGAUCAGUCAAAAAUCCGGGUCCAAUCAAAUCGAGGCAAACCCGGACACCAUGCUUGCUGGAAUUACAGAGGACUCGGAGUCUGCAGUCGAUGGAGUGAGCAGGGUGGAUUCUCUCAUCAGAGUUCCUCACACAACCAGCCUUUUGAGUCGGCGGAGGGCGGUCAAGGAGCCCGAACAUGUUGAAGUCCAUUAGGUCUUGAUUUUCCAUUCUCAUGGAAAGCUCGUGAGGAUCGUCGAGUCCAUAACCAAAGAUGAAUUGCUAGGUUCUGUAAACACGCGCUGAAGCAAAAUUGUUUCGUCAUGCGACGUCAAUAUGUUCUUCCUAAACCAAGAGAAACUUGAGGAGGUCAAGAGAAAUGAGCUGCUGACAGAAAAUGCACUGAAUCGGAAACUUUUAGGAGAACCACCCACACAUACACCUCAGGAUUUUUGAAUUUGUUCUUUUGCUUCCCUGUUCCGGUUACUCUGACUCCAUGUUAACGUCUGGUUUGAUGCUUCUGCUA